GACAGGAGCAAACAGCCCUUUGUUAAAGAGACCUGUUGAACUGUUUAGCAUCACCACCAUCCACUGUACGUCUGCCUGUGGCUCCUACACUUCAACAGAAUGAAAUUAUCCCUUGUUUUAGCGAUGGUGUUGGCAGCUGGCUUGGUCAUGGGACCGGCAAAGGCACAUAAAGGCAAAAGUAGAUACAGCUGGGAAGGGGGCUGGGGCCACCGUGAUAGGCAUGAGCAUAAGGACUGUAUAACUCCCUUGUGUCAGACAGCCACCGCUGGGUUGAACACUUGUCAAGACUGUAUCAGGAAAUUUUCGUGCAUAUUAAAGCACAACUGCAUGACAGACGUGACAGACUGCAGUGCCAUGAACUCCACCGCCGUUGAAACUAUGAAGAGCUGCUUAACACAACUGGUUCCUUCGAUUGGUCCUUGUUUCGCUUGAGCAGACGCCGGCCGACACACACAGACGGAAACGAUUAAACAGCUUUGUUGCCACCUGCCUCAGGUUUACAGUAGCGCUCUUUAGCAUGGUACUGAAACGGCAUUUGUUGGGUGCAACUAUGCCUUUUAGUAGUUCUUUCUUAACGAGAUGGGGUCUGUACAUCAUUAUGUUGUAAUAAAGUGCAUGGUCA